AUGCGCGCGCAUGAUGCCAUUUCGACAGUCGACGUUUACCCGCGAAUUAGGAGGAUGCGACAGUCGUACGUUUAAUACGCGUCAAGAGUGCGCCGGUCGUGUAUCCAAUACUUCUACGCGUCUAUCAUUUUGACGCAUUAUAAAACGUUAAACUGGCGCGUUUUCGAUUACCUUUCAGCGUAAUAAGGAGCAUUGGUUUUACUAUUAGAAGGAUGACCACGGAAAUUGAUAAAGAUGAGCUGAAAAAACGUUUGACGCCGUUACAGUGGCACGUGACACAAGAAAAAGGAACCGAGAGGCCAUACACUGGUUGCUACAAUAAAUUUUAUCAAAAUGGUACAUACACGUGUAUCGUCUGUGAUCAAGAAUUAUUCUCUUCUGACACUAAAUAUGACAGUGGAUGUGGUUGGCCUGCAUUUAAUGAAGUUUUAGAUCAAGGACGAAUUAAGUUAACCAAAGAUACCUCUCAUGUUGGUGGCAAUCUACUACUGCUGAUCGCAAACCCAGAUAUGGUGCGGACUGAAGUGACCUGUUCAAAAUGCGGUUCACACCUGGGACAUGUAUUCAACGAUGGUCCAAAACCUACGAGGAAGCGUUUCUGCAUCAACUCUGCUUCGAUACUCUUUCAUCCAGCAGGGGAAGAAAAGAAAUAAAUGUUCUCUUUAAAUGAAGAAACAAGAGAGACAUUUUUUUUACAAUUAAUUCUUCUGUUAGCUUCAAAACAUUUAAACGCAGUUUGAUAUUAUUUUUUCUUUUUUUUUUCAUUAAGAAUCUCUCCUUUAACAUCAAUCAAUUGCGCUUUCUUGUUUUAUAAACAAACAAGAUUAUCUUCAAUUGUAACAACGUAUAUAUAUAUAUAUAUAUAAUGCGUUAUUAAUAAUUGCAAAUUAGCAUAUUCAUAUUAUUAAUAAGUAUGGUCAAUUAAAGUUUCACAAAGCAUAUUUGAUAUGACAUACAAUUAUUAAGCUUUCAGCGCUUCCAUGCUGAUGAUGGUAUUGUAUCGAGU